AAUGGAAACAAGCACGCCUGGACGACGAAACGGGGUGGAACGGGGACGUUCGUAGUUGUUGAAAAGCAGGAACUACUAGGGGAAGAAAAGGAAGAGGAAGAAAAAGAAAAAAAAGAAAGACGAAACGUAGACGAAUUCCGUCUUCCGUCUUCGGACUCGACUCUCCGAUUCCCACCCCCCUUUCGCCGUCACGUCGACCCACGUUACUCGUUUCACAUUCUUACGAGUGCGCUUCCCGACAGCCUUGUUGCAGAAACUUGUGCCGUCAGGGUGACGACCUCGAACAAAUUUAGUCGAACGAAAAGAAGACGACGGUGA